ACAUUAUCGCUCAAACUAAGGUCAUAGACAGCAGCCUGAACCCAGUGUGGAAUGAAGUUCACUAUCUUCCUGUUAAACAUAUUGGUGAAAAGUUCAUUUUGGAGGCGAUGGAUUUUAACACUUUUAUAAAAGACAAAACAAUUGGAAAGUGUUACUUAGAAAUUACUCCUGAACUUGUCAGAGAAGUUUCAGAUGAUGUUUAUGAAGGCACUCCAAAUGGCAUCGAUGAGAAACCUUUUGAUCUUUCAACAUUUUACGUUCUUAUUACAUUGCAAGGUCCAAACGGUGGUUUCCCUCCUUCUGUUGCAUUAGCCAAUCUAUUUG